CGUAAUAUAAUGCAUGUACCUGAAAUAAUAAUAUUCUUCAUAUUUUCAUUUGCUGCAUUUCUGUCGACAUAUUCAGCAUCAACCAUCACUGCAAACCUGGACAAAUCCGAACUGAACAACUCUACAAACUGUACUAACCGUGCAAAUUUGACUGAUACCAAAAAUUCAACUAGCUUUACGUGCCCAGAAGAAAGCAAAAGCCGUGCUUGGAUUGCUGGUGUUGUUAUUUUUAUAGUGCUCUUCCUAUUUGGCGGUAUUUGCGGAAAAGGAAACGUAUCCGUUUCAAUUGGUGGCGGGGGUUUCGGUGCUGGAGGAGGGGACGGCGGGGGUUGUGGAUGAAGAGAUUUUGUUUUUG